CGAAAAUCAAAGCAAAAAAUAAAGCAAGAAACGAAAAAAAAAAAAUGAAAAGCAAGCAAGAGAAGAGUGUGUGUGUGUAUGCAUGGCUAAAGGCUGGAAACUGAACAACUGAAAAUCGAAAGAAAAGCCUGCCCUAAGUUAAAGCUCCUUUGGCGUUUCCUGCUAAUCAACCAACCAAUCGCCAUCCCUCCCAUUUCAUAACACUCGCUUCUGGGAGGAGUUAUGCAAAAUCGAACUAAGAAUCAAAAACAAAAUCAAAAUCAUAGCGAUAAUCGCACUACUAUACUAUAUAUAUUUAUAAAUCGAGCAUAGAGCGCCAGACGGUGUGUGGCUACGACCUUUACUGACCUUCACUAGCGUUUGCUCUGCCCGCAGCCCGCAGCCCACAGCCCACUGCCCCACACCCUCAUUACCACCCCCUGUUUCUCCGCUCUCUCUUGCCAGAGAGAAGAGUAUAGGAAAACAUUAAAAAGGAAAAAAAUAAAACCAUUGCAUUGGAACCCUCUGGCUGCCUGGCAUAUUUGUUUGUUUAUGAAAAGUUUGUGCACAAAACCGCUGAUAACGCGAAGCUCACAUAACCUUCAAGGAGAGAGCUUAAAGUUAUGCUGAGAGAUUGUUGUGAUAACAUUACAUUGAUUUUGCGCUUUGUACCUGUCGCAAUCCGGCGACCCAGUAAUCCCACGUAGCGCCAUUAGCCACGUUAUCACCUUGCCGCCUUAUCAACGAUGCCAUUUCCGCAUCUGCAGCCCAUUGAGAUUAGCAGCCCAUUAAGGGAUGCACUUCGCCUUGGCAUUUUCACACGCGUUCGCUGACGUCCGGCGAUCAUGUUUGAAGCACCUCCACCGCCGUCUUCAUCUCCACCAUCCCAUAUACUAUUCACACUCUAUAUGUACUCGUAUAGUAGGCCCCAUAGAUGUCAUUCUAUUUUUAGGUUCCGCCUAUAUCUGUAUGGGUCGGAAUUAUGGCUGGCGACAGGCGCUAACAAGUUUCUGUGCUCGAAAAUAAUAUUAUUUUUGCUUUUCUGAAAAGUUUUCCACGCCCGAGAACAUUCUUUUGUGUCGCAUCGCCCACUAGAAAUUUCGGAUACUCUCAUAUUUUCUUUUCUUUCCUUGGAAAGACCAUUAAAUCUGCACGGAUUUAUGCCCGCAUUAAUCAUCAACCUACAGCAGCUGGCUUCAAUUUGCUUUAGCCCGCAGGGAUUUCCAGCAUCUCGCGUUUCUACCACCCUCUCGGUGUCCACAUCGACAUCCACAUCCAUGCCAUAUCAGCCAUCCAUGGUGAUUCAAUUUCUAAAAUUGCUGCGUUGCCUGUACCGAUCCAAUGCAUCGCCUACCAGCAGACACAAUCUCAUUUCGCUUCACAUUGGCGGGGCUAUUUUUAGUGGCCUGCUCUUUCGGAUACAGACUCGGAAUCUACAAGAUACACACUGCCUGCUGAGGUUUCCCGCAGAACUUGUUCCGCGCCUUGCACUCGCCAAUUUGUGCGUUGGUGUCGCCGACGUUCCCCGAUUACCUCCGUUCCAUCUGUCCCUUUGGCAUAUCCCAUUAUGCAUUUCCCCCAUACAGGCCUAAAUGGUUAACUUGAACUUCGAUAUGCUGCAUUUAUGGCAUCUUCAAGUUCUUCAUAUUCUUUUUAUAGCAUUGGAUAUCUUUAAGAUCGUAAGAUCAGUCAAAAGAUUUGUAUUAACUUUAUUUUUAGUUAACAAACCAUCCUUGUGAUCAUAAAAUAUGAGGAAAAUCUUCACUUAACACACCAUUAUAAUGCCCAAAAAUAAUUUUAAUACAUCUUAGCAUUAACUUACAUUAACAACGGUGGCAAAUCUCAAAUUUCACGCAGAAAAAUAUGGUUUGAAGUUAGGCAAGUACGACUGUACUUGAUGUCUUAUGCGCUGGCUGCAAAUUAUCGCGAUGCUUUAAUGGGGACCCUGGCAAACGGGUUUUCUGGGAGGGCACGGGAUGUCUCCCUCAAGGUCUCGGCUCUCUCAUUCAUCUAAUUGGUGACCCCAUUCAUGGCGGUGUCUGGUGUUAAUCUGAUCUGGGCCUCAUCACGCUCCAACGGGCAUUUGUUCAGUCACUUGACCCAGACCCAAAAGCUCAACCCACCGACCUUUUUGCCUUGUUGCUUUGGCGGGGCGCUUUAUCAGCUUUAUUGUGCUCCGGGUAUACGCAAUGAUAAUUGAUAAAGGCGAAAAAGGGUGGCUGAAAGCAAGGCGCAAACUCUGCUCAACGAAGAAACUGCUUAAGAGAGAGCUUUCCUCUGCAAAGAGAGUGGCUCACCGUUCUCUCUUCGUGCACUGGGAGAAACUAAAGGAAUUUUCCCACAAUUAGCUGUCUCAUAAAUUGCUAAUUUAUCUAUUUUUAAGUUUAGGUGCUAAGCAUAUGUUUAAGGAAAACGUCGCGACGCAUUUUAUUUGACAAUUUCAACAGUUGUUGAAAUGUUAAAUUUAGACCGAGUGUUGUUUGUUUUAUUUUGUUUAAGUCGGCAAAUUUAUGGCGCCUUCUGAACAUUCUUUUUGAUCGUUCUACCUCAUAAGUUUUAUUGUUUUGUGAAAUAUUUUGUCAUUUUUGCACACAUCCGGUAAGUCCGAAGUUAUUAAGAUCCAUUCUAGUUUCGCCGAAAGUAAAUGAUUUCAUUUUUAUUUUAGGCUCAACGAAUCAUUUCACAAGCACACACACACACGCGAAAAUAGAAAAGAAAGCAUGUGUGUAUCUUUCACCCGCACACUCCAACACACAACACAGACACACUUUCUCUCCACACACACACACACACAUUAAAGACCCAGCGGAGGAUGAAGAUCGUCCUGAUCCCAAUCCAAAUCAAGAGCAAGAUCAAGUUUGGCCUAGCGAAUGCAUUUGAAUGCCGCUGAUUAGCUCGCUGUGCAGCAGUUAUCAUCAGUAUGCGUAUCCGCAUCCGUAUCAGUGUCCACAUCCGUAUCUGAAUGCGAGAAGAGUUCGCUUGGGUGACGCUGACGACAAAUGACACGUACUCACUGGGUGCCUUGGUCCUGGCCCACUCUCUGAAAAGGGUCAAGACCGCCCACCAGCUGGCCAUCCUGGUCACGCCCACUGUUUCUCAGUCGAUGCGCGACAGACUGAAGGAGGUGUACAAUGUGGUGCAGGAGGUCAAUGUGUUGGACUCACAGGAUGCCGCCAACCUGGCCCUGCUCUCCCGCCCCGAACUGGGCGUGACCUUCACAAAGCUCCACUGCUGGCGUCUCGUCCAGUUCGAGAAGUGCGUCUUCCUGGAUGCGGAUACACUGGUCCUGCAAAACUGCGAUGAGCUGUUCGAGCGCGAGGAACUGUCGGCUGCUCCAGAUGUAAGCUGGCCAGACUGCUUCAACUCCGGCGUGUUUGUCUUCAAACCCAGCGUGGAUACCUUUGGCCAGAUCACAGAGUUCGCCGUGAAGAACGGCAGCUUCGAUGGUGGUGACCAGGGCCUGCUGAACCAGUUCUUCUCGAACUGGGCGACGGCGGACAUCAAGAAGCAUUUGCCAUUUGUUUACAAUGUUACGGCCUAUGCCUCAUACUGCUAUCUGCCCGCCUUCAAACAGUUCAGAGAUAAGAUUAAGAUUUUGCAUUUCGCCGGCAAGCUGAAGCCCUGGCUGAUUCAGUUCAACUCGGAGACAAAGGUGGCCAGCGUUUCGUCAGACUAUGCCCAUGCCCAGGAUCUGAUCCAGCUGUGGUGGAACAUCUUCUGCGAGAAUGUGAUCCAGUCCCUGUCCACCGAAAUGUGCCUUUGCCUAAACCUAAUGCACUCGCAAAGCGAAUCCGCGGCGGAUGAGCAGCAUCAGCGGCAGCAGCAUGAGUUCUACCAGCAGCAGCAGCUGCACCACCAACUGUUGCAUGUGCGCCAGUUCCGCGAUCCUUGGGCAGAUUACUAUGAGAAUCUGGAGAAGGAGCAGCAGGAGCAACAGCAGCAACAGCAGCAGCAGCAGCAGCAUCACAAUCCCAGCCAGAAUCACAGCCAGGACAAUGGGAAUGCGGAUGCGACUGCGAUUGCGAAUGAGAAUGCGAAUGCGAAUGCAAAUGAAUAUGCCACUGAGUGGCAUCAUGACGAUGCAUGCCACCCACCUCCGCCAACGACACCACCUCCCCAAAACCAAUCCCACAAUGCCAAUGCCACUGCCAAUGCUGAAGACUUUCUUUCCGUAGAUGUGAAUAGCAACGAGCUAAACAUUUCACAACCACCUGAACACGCCUUCUCAAACACUGCCACGCCCCCAGCCACGCCCACGCCCUCGCCCACGCCCACGCCACAUCAUUCCGUGCAUAGUCAGACAGUAGAAAAUGCGACAAACCACCAACAAGAACAUGAAGUUGCAGCCACAACGCCGCCUGAGGCGGGCCUGGCUGGUGCUCUGUCACAGCUCCGCAUCGGCCAGCAGCGCACUCCCGAGCAGGAGGCCUACGAGAACCAGAUGCGCCGCCAAUGCUGGGAGUCCGGACAGAUCGACUACUCCGGAGCCGAUUCCUUUGAGAACAUCUGGAAGAAGAUCUCGCAGACGCUGGACAAGAAGAGCGAGAAGGAGACCGAAGAAACUGGUAGCUCAUAGAUACAAAAAACCGAAACAAAACAAACAAAUGCAAAUCGUUCGUUAUUCGUCGUUUUGUUGCCAUUUUUUCUUGUACACGCACACACUCAACCAAACCCCCCAGCCCCUAUAAAACCGCACACACACACUCACAGAUCAGACCCACACAAUCGUAAAUCCCCGUUUUGGGAGGCAGGCGAACUGUUGCCAAUGUCAGGGAGCCCACGGUCUAAUUGAAAUUUAAGGUUCAGCCAAAAAUGUUGUCGAAACGAAUUCUUCAGAGUGUCAUAAAUGCAAUUUUUAUUUGCCCCCCGCACACAUCUUGUGAAGAAGAAAAAGGGAGAGGGAGAGAGAGAAACAGAGCAAGAGGAAAAGCACGGAAAUUUUAAUUAAGUUUUCAAAUUAAACUUUUUGCACUGCUGCUGCUGCUGCUGCUCUCGACAUACAUGAUGUGAUGCGAUGCGAUGUGUGCGUGUGUGGGCGACACACUUGGCACAGUUGCCCCAAUCUCUUGCCCCAAUGCCCCUUCAUCCUUCUUUCUCCUCCCCGCCCAAAAAAAAAAAAAAACACUUGGCCCAGCCACAAACUUUUACACUUCAUUGUAUUUUAAUUGAAAAUUUUGUACUUUCACCCUCUCGUGUGUUUACCGAUUUAUAGCGAUGACUUUUUAGCUCAUCUGCAUCGAAAUUCAUUGUGGCGUAAAGUCCAUUCCUCACUUCUACCCUCCUACCCUGCCCAUCUCCCCCUCGUUUUCCCCCACAUAUGUACAUAUGUUUUCCUAUGAAUAAAAACCAAACAAUGAGUGUAAACAAUAACUCUAGAAAAGAUAAACGAAAACCAUUUAAAAUAAAGUAAAAAUCAAAACUGAAAUUGUAGCCAACAUGUUGUGGCUAUUGUGUAGUUGUAUCUGUCUGUGUGUGAUUGUGUGUGCCUAUACGAGUGUGAGUGAACGGCCCCUCCCCCAUUUAACGCCCACUCUUCGGAUCGAAUUCGAGCUGAGCGUUAAGUGUUUGUUUCAAGUGUCUUGGCAGCCGAACUUUUCUAUCUAUAUACGUAUACUCGUAAACCAUUUAUGUUAUAAUUUACUUUUUGCAAAUAUUGUCGUAAUAUUUAUUCGAGAACAACAAGAACAACAAAGAAACCCCAACAACACAAACAAACUUUCAGUUUAAGAAACUCUGUUUUUAAA